AUUGAAAGAAGUUGGCAGCUCUGGCUGCAGCGAGCCCUACUUGCGUGUGUCUAGCUCCAGCAGAAGUGAGUGCGCGGAGAGGCGAGAACAGCGCAGAGCCCACUCAGGAAAUGCUUUAGGAAACACAUCUGAGUACGCCCUGCCACGGUUUAGAAAACUGAUUUAAGACAAUGUCGAAGUAUCUUGUUGUCCAGUUUGGUGUGUUUUACGCCUUACUGUUUCCAGGAGCCGUUGGUUUUGUUCCUCCUCCAACAAACGUCAGUGUUGUUUGUCACAAUUUUGUGAAUAUCCUCUACUGGAACUACAGUAAACCAACUGAACAGAUGAAAUUUGGCAUAAAGGUUGAAGCUUAUGAAAGUCCUUCCAAAACAGUGGACACCUCUCAGACAUACCUUGAUAUCAGCAGCUACAGCAGAAAUGCAGAUGACGAUUACUUAGUGUUCGUUACGGCACAAGAUGGGCAAGAGAAAUCAGAAAACGUCUCCAUUAGAUUCACCUACAGCAAAGACUAUUUUGAUAAGAACAAACAUAAAUAUAAAUGCUCUAUGGACUUUCCAGCUGUGAAUACAUCUGUCCACAAAGAUGUGAUUGAAGUGUUCUUUCAGCACCCUUUCAUGCUUCAUAAGCAAGACCUACUGAAUGAUGAAUUUACGUACACAAUCACACAUGAUGAGCAAAUGAUUUCAUACUCAUGUUUUGAGGAUGAGGAGCUGUGCACUGCAGAAAUCCACUUUAACCAAAGCAUUGCUGUACAGUGUGUGGAGCUGACGCUUGAAGGGAUGAUUGCUGGUAUUCCUUCACAUACCUACAGAAAUGUGUGUGUCCCUCAGCAGAUGCCGCCUGAGACCGACAAAACGGGAAUAAUCGCAGCUUUGGUAGGCGGAGGGACCAUUGUGCUCUUCAUUAUCAUGGGCUUUGUGUGGCUGCUCUGCAAGAAGUUGUCCCAAAUCCCCAAAAUUCCUGAAUUUUUGCGGAAUGUUUUACCUAGCCAGUCUCCUGCAACCCAACCCGAGACAAACACCAUCUCUCGAAUGACAUCUCAGGGACACACACCCCUACUAACAGAGGAGACUUUUAAUUAUGGUUCUACCCCCAGUUCCCCGACUGAGGAAGACUGCAAAGCAAACACUAUCCUUGAUGACACCGUAGUGGAUCUCCGUGAGGUUUCUGAAGAGGACAAGGAUGGUGGAGACUCUGAAGGCUUUGUCAGGUCGUCUGAUUAUGACAGUCCUAAAUUCCUGCAGGAGAUGGGUCCGGGGGACUUUACUGAGGGAUACGGCCCUCGACCUCCAGUGAUUUAGGUCUGAACGUGUGUAAGAGUGACACUGGAAGGUUUUUCCAUUUCUUAUGGAAAGAUGGCUUGUUCACACCAAGUCCUGGUAAUCAUUUUUUGGUCCAUUAACAAUUUCACACACUGAUCAGUAGGCUUGUGUGCACAGAGACAAAACUACAUUAAAAUCAAUGCUGUGUACAAUGCACGAUUCAAUUGUGGUGAGAGCGAUCUAGUUUAGGUGCGAUGUGCUGCAUUCACAGUGUUAACUACAGCCAUGGUGAGUUUCAAAAAACUGUUGAAACGUACAGUCAAGAGGGGGAAAAAGGGGGUAAUGUCAUGCCAGAAAUUUACCAGUACCUUUUUCAUGACAUUUACAGACAUCUUCAGUAAUACAGUGUCCUUGUUCCACAUGACACAUGUACUUACUCUUAUAAUAACAAUGAAUUAUGCAUAAUUGCAUGCAAGUAACCCCAAACCUAAUCAUAACCCUAACCAUAUAGUAAAUACAUAUAGUUAAUUAAUAUUACUAUUAUAUUACUUAAUAUAAUUAAUAACAGUACUGAAAUGCAGAUUUCUGUUUCUGCUGGUGGGUGCUCGAACAACCCAUCCCCCCUCCCCACCCAAAGUGCAGUUUCAGUCUCUCUCUCUCUCUCUCCAAACACAUUUUCACCACUGUUUCAAUGACUAAAUAACAACUGGGCUAAAUUAUCAUACACAUGCAACAAAUUAAAAUUUUCAAAAAAAAAUUUCUCAUUUAUCAGUAAUUAAUUAUACUAGGUGUUAGUUUUUUUUUUUUUUUUUUUUUUUUAACUAGAGUAUACUCCUUUGGAUGGUGAAUUUGAUGAAUUUACUACACAAUGUAUCUUGUUAUUUGGUUAUUAAAUAAUGUAUUUGCAGUCUGUGCGUUUCACAGACUGCAAAUACAUUAUUUAAUAACCAAAUAAUACACACAUUCUUUCUAUGAGGUUUGCGCUUCACUAAAUAAAAUUAUUUAAUAAAUACCUGUUUACAAUAAGCACUUAUUCGCAUGUACACAGGAUAAAGUUUGAGGUGGCACACGUGAGGGAGCGCAGAGCCGUGAUCACUAUAUGUGAGAGCAAGCCCGCUGCAAGCCGAGAGAUUCAUGCUGGCACCCUCUCAUAUUACAGUAAUGCACUGUUGACAUUUGCCAUUAACAUAACGCCAGAAACUUCCUCAAAUGAACUAUGAAAAUGAGAAUAAAGUCGUAAAAGCUGCAAUCCAUUUCUCAUUGAUUAAAAUGGACGGAGACUAUGUUUUUCCGUGGAUGCUCGAUCAUUUCAUAGGCGCCUAUGCUUAAAUGUAUAACUACACUGUAACAAGGACACCUUAAAAUAAAGUGUAACCACAUUUUCUACAAUCCUAAAUUACAGCUCAAUGCAAUGCAUAAUUCCAAAUUUAGGUACGCCUAAAAAAUUCCUGUAAACGCUAAAAAUCAACACCAAAAAUGAACAUGGUACGUUGGGCAGCAUUUUUACAGAUUAUGCUGCUUUAGAAAGUUAUGUGAAACAAUUAAUUUCUAAAGGAAUUGCAAAUAUGAUGCUCUAUCAAUCAACCAAAAGUUGCAAAAAUGAAAUUUUUACUGAAGCAUACUCUGAUAUUGGCUUCUGUUAACCAAUGAGAAUUUCAGAGAUUCUGAUCCUGAAUCCCCAUUUGCUACAUUUCCACUCGAUUUAAAAACUGGCCUGAGUUUUCAGUAAUAAAACACAUCUUGCACAUAACUGUUUAUUAAACGCUUUGGAAAGGCCACUCUAGCAUUUGAGGAACUAAAACUGCUUGUGUACGUGCAUUUGAGCCAUGACUUUUCUGUUUUCAUAAGGGUAUGUUGCAGGUUGUUACUAUUAUUCUUGAGUUCAUGAAAACACGUGUCAUAGCAUAACGUGAAUGAUGUGCUAAAUUCAGUGCUGCUGUAACUUUAAAAUCUGAGAACUUUGCCAAGCUGAAUAUAUAACAUGAUUAUGUCACUAUAUGCACACUUCUAGGCAAUGGUUUAUUGUUACAUGUGUAAAGUGUUUGCUGUGAUAACACCAUAUGUUUAAGCAAUAACAGGCUACAAUUAACUGGCGCUUCUCUAUAAUCUUACAGUUCCCUUGCUGAAAAUGUUACACAUUGUAGGUAGUAUAAAUAGAACAGCAUUACUCUGAAUGCCUUGUGAGCCAACAUUUUAUGAUAUAUAAAAAAGUAAUGUCAAGAUGCAAGUUCAAGAAAAAUUGUGGUAUGACAAUGAUUUUUAUUUUCUUUAUGCACUUUUUGUCAAAAUGCUUCUAUUUCUUUCUAAAAUUCUUCUAAUCAUAGUUUUUUUUGCUUUUUGAAAAAUUAAGCAAAUUUGCACUUAAUCAAAAUUGAUUGCAUUCAUGGCCUUGAUGACUUUACAUGUGUAUGUGUCAAGUUUCUUUACUUUGCACUCUUUUCUAAUGGAAUAGUAUUUUUUAUUUUUAUUUUUUUAUUUUUUUUACUUUAACUUGACGACUGUAUAUCAUGUAUGUUUGAUGUUCAUGUGCUUCUACACAUUUCAAUCACAAUAAAGUAACUGGCUGGCUGCUUCAAUA